AUGACCCAACAGCCGUAUUAUAUCAUCAUAGAUAAUCGGUUACGCAUGAAUAUUUCGCUGUUCCGGAUAUAUUCGAGCUCAUCAGUAGGAUACCCCAAUGUGACAUUUGAAACGAACAAAUGGUUCUUGUCACUAGGCACUGAUUUGGGUGAAGGGCAUGUUCUUGGUGGAGAUUUUAUCAAUGCUCAAAAGCUGGGAGCACACCUCAACCGUCGACAGCUGUUGACUGUCAAUGCCGUUGAAAUUGAAAUCACCAAGAACUUCGGUCUGGUUGAGCUUCCCACAACAGUGCCUUGCAAAUGUCGCCAAGUAACAAUAGCCUCGCUGGCAGUCUGGGGACAAAACGAUGAGCCUGCAUGCGUUUGCAAAGUUUUAAGAAAGUUGAAGUGUAAAGUCAAAGGCGCCUAG